CACUUCCUCCCUACCGCAUCAUUACGUUUAAGUAGCACAUCACCAGAAACUUGGGAGUCUUCAGCAGUGUUUGUUAUUUGGAUGUAACUGAGCACAGAAAAGGAAGUACUUUAAUAUUAUGGCAGAGUCAGACAAAGGACCUAUUUUGACCUCAAUCAUCAUUUUCUACUUGUCUAUCGGAGCCGCGAUAUUUCAGAUCCUUGAGGAGCCGAAUUUGAUAUCAGCUCAAGACGAUUAUAAUAACAAAACUGACAGUUUAUUAAAGAAAUAUCCUUGCUUAAAGCGGGACGAUCUGGAUGAGAUCAUUAAGGUUGUGGCUGAAGCGGCUGGAAGAGGUGUGACUGUAACAACCAAAAAUAAACUCAACAACUGGAGUUGGGAGAAUGCAGUUAUUUUUGCUGCCACAGUCAUCACUACCAUAGGUUAUGGUAAUGUUGCUCCGAAGACAAUUGGAGGCCGUUUAUUCUGUAUCUUGUAUGGACUGUGUGGCAUUCCUCUUUGCCUCACCUGGAUAAGUGAGCUGGGUACAUUCUUUGGCGGCAGGGCAAAGCGCCUGAGUCAGGUGCUUCUCCACAAAAGCCUCAAUGUGAAAAAAGUACAGUUCAUCUGCACCAUUGUAUUCCUUUUAUGGGGUUUCCUGGUUCACUUGAUCAUCCCAGCCUUUGUGUUCAUGAUCUUUGAGAACUGGACUUACUUAGAAGGACUGUACUUCUCUUUCACCACCUUGACGACUGUUGGUUUCGGUGACUAUGUAGCAGGUGUGAACCCAGACACUGUAUACCCCAAUCUCUACAGAUUCUUUGUGCAGCUAUGGAUCUUCCUGGGUCUUGCCUGGUUGUCACUGUUCUUCAGCUGGAAUGUGCAUAUGGUGGUUGAGGCUCAUAAAGUUCUGAAGAAAAGGAGGCUGAGACGCCACAAGCUGCCCAUUGAUGACGUACCAGAAAAAAAAGAGGUAAAAAAAGCCCAGAAGCCGUCGCCUCGCUCUGGCGUCAUCGACAUCUUUGAGUUCAUGUCUGAGAAGGUCGAAGACUACACCGAUGUCAUCCGAGCUAUCGGAGCAGCUGAGAAAAGGAAAAAGAAGCAGGAGGAGGAACUGGCACGGUCCAAGAGCUGCAGUGACCUACUGCAGGGCCUGGUCAUCCCACUCGAUCACUCUCCUCGUCUGAAACGGCGGUUCAGCGUCAGUGCAAACAUGUGCAUGGUCAUUUCUGGAGAGUCAAUGAAUGGCCUCAACAACAACCAAGAGGCACAGACACUACUGAAAGAGCACCACAGAGACCUAAAAGACCCUAAGAUUGUUAGAGAGGGAAUUAAGAAAUCUGAGAAGCCCAGACACUGUGCAUGGGACACCAGAAAAUCUGACCCAUCAAUCUUUCAGAGCCCUGUUCAAAGCCCUACCGUUACCACCAGUAAUAGCAGUUCGAGAUUCUCAGUGUCCAAAGUAUCAGAAGACCAUUUAUUAGGGAAGAGAAAAAGCAUUGGUUGAAGAAAAGACUGAUCUACAAUGUCUUCAAAAGCAGUUCAGCUCUGCUUUAAAUCAGUAGUAGGGGAUCAAGAUUAUCUGUGUCUAAAGUAUUGAAGACUAUUUGUUAAAGAAGAGAAAAAGCAUUGGUUGAAGAAAAGACUGAUCUUCAAGGUUGUAGAUCGAAAGGCCGAUCUUCAAUUUCUUUAAAAGCAAUUCAGGUCUGCUUUAAAACAGUAGUAGGGGAUCAAGAUUCUCAGUGUCUAAAGUAUCGGAAGACUUUAUUAGGGAAGUGGCAGUAAAAACCAUAAUGCACAGUGUUGGAUUUGGAUUAGUCUUGUUUGACCAAUACCCGAUCCAACAAAUAAAAGGUCUCUAUCAGACGGAUACCAAUACUGAGUACUGGAUCAAGGCACUGGUUGAAGAAGAGACUGGUCUACAAGGUCUAAAGGACUAAUGAAAAGACUGAUCUGCAAGGUUUUAGGUCGAAAGACAAUUCAGAACAAUUAAAAAGUCUUCAAAACAAUUUAGUUCUGCUUUUUUUUUUUUUUUUUUUUUUAGAGAGAUCAUUAUGACUGAGCUGAUACUAUCAGGACCACUUGAGGAACUAAGAAGACUGUAACUUCAAGACCCAAGAAUGUUGCUCUGAUAUGAAGACAGGUGCAUCCUCUUGCUAAGUCAAGCUGCAAAAGUGUUCAUUGCUUUUCACAGUGUUGAAAACUAUUCAGGUAACACACAGGGUCUUGCAGCCAGUCUGUGACCAAGAUAAGGAUAUGAGGGUUAGCAGAGGAAAUGAAACCGAUUUCCUUCCACGCCCUGGACCUUCACAGACAUUGGACAGUUUGGGUGUGGGACCGUGGUUUUAACCAUGGGUUUUUCAUUCUUUCUCUGGAUUUAUGUUUCCAAAAUGACUGCUAGGACAAAUCUCUGGCUAUGUUUGGAACUGAAUACUAGCGCACUGCUAAAUGUGCAGUAGUAUAUACUGAAUAUGAGCUAUUUAAGUUAAUACAACUUAAGCUUAGAUGUCAUUGCUGGACCACUAGCGACACCAAAGGAAUUACGAAAAUAAUGACUUUUCAAGCAGGUUUCACAAACACUACUUGUGGCUUGAUUGAACAACUAGAUAGCCCUGCCCUGAACUUAUGCUAUUGGUUGAGCCAAUACUGCUGUGUCGGGAUGCUCAAACAGAGCAAUGUUUUGAUACCGUUGCAGUGUUUUACAGGGAAUCAAUUAAAUAUUAAGUUAAGAUUAUGUCUAUGUUUAUAUCCCUAUUUAGUAUAGAUAGAUAGAUGGAAUAGAAGUUUACAUUACCUUAAAGGGUUAGUUCACCCAAAAAUGAAAAUAAUGUCAUUUAUUACUCACCCUCAUGUCAUUCUACACCAGUAAGACCUUCGUUUAUCUUCGGAACAAAAAUUAAGAUAUUUUUGAUGAAAUCCGAUGGCUCAGCGAGGCCUCUAUUGAGAGCAAAGCUACCAAACCUCUUUCUCGUCGCUUUAUAAUAUUAAGGUAGAACCACUGUACUCACAUGAACUGUUUUAAAUGUUUUUAGUACCUUAAUGGAACUUGAGAGGUUCAGUGGCUUUGCUCUCAAUGUGGGCCUCACUGAGCCAUCGGAUUUCAUCAAAAAUAUCCUAAUUUGUGUUCCAAAGAGGAAUGAAGGUCUUACUGGUGUAGAACAUUAUUUUCAUUUUUGGGUGAACUAACCCUUUAAAGUUCUAUUGAACCUGGAACCUCUCUUUAAAAAUAUUGUGAAACAGCAGGCAAUACAAAUAUAAUGCUGUGUUUUGUAUAAAUUGUAUGUAUAAAUCGGUGAGUUUCAUCCAGUUAUCAUUUAUGAUUUUUUUUUUUUACCCAUUUUAUAUAAACAAACAGUACAUUUUGACAGUCUGAACUAUUAAAAGGGAUAGUUCACCCAAAAAUGAAAAUUCUGUCAUCAUUUACUCACCUUCAAGUUGUUACAAACCUGUAUAAAUUUCUUUGUUCUGUUGAACACAAAGGAAGAUAUUUUGAAGAAUGUUUGUGACCAAGCAGAUCUGGGGCACCAUUGACUUCCAUAGUAGGGAAAAAAUAAUACUAUGGAAGUGAAUGGUGCCCCAGAUCUAUUUGGUUAUUAACAUUCUUCAAAAUAUCUUCCUUUGCCUUCAGCAAAACAAAGAAAUGUAUACAGGUUUGGAACAAUGUGAGGGUGAGUAAAUGAUGACAUAAUUUUCAUUUUUGGGUGAACUAUCCCUUUAAGAAAGAGCUGUUCGAUUUUGUGUUUUAUAGUGCUUCAAGUUUAUUUCCAGUCAAACUGGAAAUGAAAGAUCAAGUUGAUCUCACUGCAUUGUGGGAUACAGUAUUCCACACAGUGUUGUUUCAUUGUACUGAACAUUUUGGCAAAUGUUGUAGGUUGUUUUUGCAAUAUUUGCACACUGCAGAUAGCAUGCCAUGUAGUUCAUGUAUUAUGAAUUCUUGAGCAUACCUGCUGUCUUGAAUGCUGUAGCAGUUCUGUGGCUGUUCAACUUGCACUUUGGAUGUUUAAACAUGGGCCUACUGAAGAAGCACCUACUCAGGCUUCCAGAAAAUUGCCUCCUCAUGAAAGAUUUCUUAAUGAAAGAUGUGUUAUGGGAUGUAACUCAAUCUUACCACCUGACUGAUUAUGGAUUUUGGUCAAGAAUUCAUUCUUUUUGAUAAACGUCUAUAUUUUCUAUUUUGUUUUAUAUGCAACUUUUGAUAAUAAAAAAGUAUUUUUUGUCA